AUGGAAAAAAUCAUCCAAUGGCUUAAAAAAGGUCCAGGAGCGAUGUAUCUACCCAUUUCAGCCAGUCAUGAGGAGGGACCCAAUUUAUUUCUGUCCAGCAUUACCAACGCCACAAGCACAAGCAUCCCAUCAACUACCGAUUUCUGGAGUAGUUGUGAGUAUAAGGCACUUAAGUCACGCACCGACGCUCUACUCAACAAAACGACUGCGCCUUCUCCUCCACUCACAGCCUCACUGCCACCCCUGCUCACCUCGCAGAUUUGGCUCAAUGGGGUGCUGCCACCAUCCAUGCCACUGCCUUUGCCUACGCAUCCGUCAUCUUCGCCGUCAGCCCCAUUACGAAAAUUGGCCUCUUGGAUGUUACCCAAUAAGCAGAGGGCAAAGGAAAUUUUAAAGGAACCAAUUCAGUCGCCUCCGUUGAAAUCACAAUAUGAAUUUCUCCAAAAACUACCGAAACUACUUCUUCCUCAGUCAGUAUGUGAUACAGCUAAUGGGCUGGCGGCGACAGUUCCUGACGCAAGUCACAAGUGUCACAAAUGCAUGUGUCCCCUAUGCCUAGUGGCAGCGUUUGGCAAGUUGGUUCAGACUAUGCCUCAGAAAUUGCACUUCUGUUGGCGUUGCACCAAACUAUACGGCAAGACCAGUCAUCUCUCAGCCCACCUGCGAAAUCACAGUAAUACUCGACCAUAUAAGUGUCAUUUCCAGUCCUGCGAAAGAGCUUUCACUCGGUCUGAUGAACUCCAGCGCCACAUUCGAACUCAUACGGGCGAGAAGAAAUUCCAAUGCCUAAUGUGUGGGAAGCGAUUUAUGCGUAGUGAUCAUCUCAGCAAGCACCGAAAAACACACAGACCUCUGACAUUGUCUAGACCAACAGAAGAUUUAAGUUUACUUAGUGGUCCAGCUGCUUUGGCCGCAGCGUGUGCGAUCACCACCAAGGAGGACUCAGCGACGAUAAAUGGUAUCCCAAACAGUAGUUUUGUUUCUGGAGGAAAGGAUAGGCUCUUUCACGAGACAGGGGAAAUUGGAGUUGCAAAUUCGCGAUGCAGCAUUAAGAAGAGAAGGCCUGGUCGGUACUCAUAA